AUGGCAUCAUCGGAUGAAGAGGGUGAGAUUGUCCCAGAUUUUGUUAAUAGUUACUGGUUUGAAAAUGAUAAGGCAGAAUUUGUGUCACUUUCUAGUUUGACAUUAUUGUGGAGUAUUAGUGAGAUCAAAUGUGACUUGGCAACAAAAGUAUAUUUGCGUGGCACCACUGAUGAUGGCCUCCAGAAAAUUUACAAACAGAUUAUAGGAUGGAGAUUUGACCUUUCCUUUGAGCAGCCUGAGAUUUCAGUGCUUUUGAAGGACAAAAACUGGAUAACUCUCCAAAGACCAAGAAAGUGUUUUGAAAGUACAAUUAGGAGAGUCUUGGUUACAGUAUAUUGGCUGCAUUUUGUGAAAUGGAGUCCAGAGGAAUCUAGAAUAUCAAUUUGGAGCAAAAUACUCAAUGCCUUUAGCUCAUUUGAUGUUACACCUUCUGAGGAUGAUGUUCUAAAUCAUGUUACAUUUAUUAGAGAGGCUGCUAAAAGGGACAAAGAUUUAACAAAAUCCAAGUACCUGCUUAACCUCAUAGAAAAGGCGUGUUCAAAUGAAGGCUUUCAUGAGGAUGUUCAAACUACAAAGAAAUCAAAAUUUAUACUUGACGCAGAGAAGGAGGUGAACAAUGAAUCUGAUGGUGAACUGAAUACCGAUGGAGAGCAAUAUAUUGGUUAUGAUACUGUUUGUGCAAUAUGUGAUAAUGGCGGUGAUAUACUUCCUUGUGAAGGGAGAUGUCUAAGAUCCUUCCAUGCAGCCAAAGAGGAUGGUAGAGAAUCAUUUUGUGAAUCUCUUGGCUACACUAAUACUCAAGUUAAUGCCUUUCCAAACUUCUACUGCAAAAAUUGUAAGUAUAAGCAGCAUCAAUGCUUUGCAUGUGGCAAAUUGGGUUCAUCUGAUGUAUCAUCUAAUGCAGAGGUAUUUCCUUGUGUUACUGCAAAUUGUGGUCGGUACUACCAUCCUGAAUGUGUUGCAAGGCUAUUCUCCCCUGGCAUUGACACUGAACAAGAGGAAAUGAGAAAGAGAAUUGCCAUUGCAAAAACAUUUGUCUGUCCUCUUCAUAUAUGUUCUCUAUGCAGAAAAGGUGAAAAUAUAAAUGUUCAUGAUUUACAGUUUGCAAUGUGUAGACGCUGCCCUAAGGCUUACCACAGGAAAUGCUUGCCAAAGGAAAUUUCCUUCACAUUUGAUUAUGAUAAGGGCAUUGAGCAGAGGGCUUGGAAUGGUCUACUUGACCGUCGAAUUUUGAUGUAUUGCAUGGAUCAUGACAUAGUUAGGGAACUUGGGACUCCUGCUAGAGACCAACUGGUAUUCCCUGAUAUGGAUGUCAAAAGGAAGAUAUGCAGUAUCAAAUUAUUAGGCAAAGAGGUUACUAUAACAUCGAGGCGAAGUACUGAAGAUCUUCGUCCUAAGAAGAAAUUGGUACCAAACCAGGUUACAAAGGAAAGUGUUAGCAUCCAAAGUGGUGGUUCUGCCAAAGUUAUGGAGGAAAUAUGUUUUAAGAAAGAUAUAGGUUUCUCAACUGGAUCAAUCAAGAUUGACAUGGUUAGAAAAAAUUUGAAGGUUGAAAAUUUGUCCGAGUCCAAUAGGUCCUCCUUCCUGGAAAAAAGGUUGUCUUUGAGAAAUGAUAACUUGCACUGUAGUUCAAGAUUACAUCAAGGUAGAUCUCAGCAGCAAAAAUUGGUUGGUGGAAGAAUCGAACAAACAAGCUUGGAGAAGCCUCUGUUGAAAAAUGUCCAAACUUCACUCAACUUUACCAAUGCUGAUAUGGAAAACCGAAUUUUGUCUUUGUGGAAGGAAUCCAAGUCUGCAUUUAAUGAAGAAGAAUUCAAAAUGAACUAUCAUGUCUUCAGUAGAAGUUCAUGUUUCACAGAAACUGUAUUUGAUAAAAACCUUACUCAGGGAAAAGUAGAGAGCUCUGUUAAGGCUAUACAAACAGCUUUACAGAGGUUAAAUGAAGGAUGUAGUAUUGAGGAAGCAAAAGCUAUUUGUGAGCCAGGGAUCCUCUGUCAGAUUUUUAUUUGGCAGAAGCAGCUUAAGGUCUAUCUUGCACCUUUUCUUCAUGGAAUGCGAUAUACUUCCUUUGGUCGUCAUUUCACUAAAAUAGACAAGCUGAAGGAGAUUGUUGAUAGGCUUCAUUGGUAUGUGCAAAAUGGUGACACGGUUUUAGACUUCUGUUGUGGUUCUAAUGACUUCAGUUGUUUAAUGAAAUCAAAGCUUGAACAGAUGGGGAAGUUGUGUUCGUUCAAGAAUUAUGAUUUAUUCCAAGCCAAGAAUGAUUUCAACUUUGAAAAGAGAGAUUGGAUGAGUGUCAAUGCCGAAGAAUUACCCAAUGGUUCUCAACUUAUCAUAGGGCUGAAUCCUCCUUUUGGAGUUAAGGGUUAUCUAGCUAACAAAUUUAUUGACAAGGCAUUGACGUUUAAGCCAAAACUCCUUAUACUCAUUGUGCCAAAAGUAACUAAACGAUUAGACAGAAAGAAAGGUGGAUAUGAUUUAAUUUGGGAGGAUGAUGAGCUGCUCUCAGGAAAGUCAUUUUAUCUACCUGGUUCUGUUGAUAUACGUGACAAGCAAUUGGAAGAUUGGAACCAGAAGCCACCACCUCUCUACCUUUGGAGUCGCCCUGACUGGACACCUUGGCACAGGGAAAUUGCUCAAAAGCAUGGCCACAUCAAGAAGAAAUAUGAUGUGCAUGUGAAAGGAAAAGAUGUAAAGAAUUAUCUUAUGGAGGAGAAUCAUGACUGUUAUCAGGAUUACCCUGGCUUGCAUGCACCUAAUGAUUUUUUAAGCAUAUUUGAUGGUGUUCCAGAUGAUAAUGGGGACAUUGCACCUGAAGAAGGUGCAACUAGCAAUACUCUGGGCCAGUUGAAGAAGACAGUGUUUUCUGCUUGUGGAAGCGAAAUGGAAUGGGAGGAUGGAUUACCCUCUGAUGAAGCAGAGGAAAUGUUUAUUGAUAUGGAUUUAUCAUCUCCCUAG